AUGGGACAUGGAGACGAGCUUCCGGGAGCCGACCCAGAGAACAUCCAUAAAGCUGUCCACAGGGCCAUGACGAAACCCACCAACACCCGGCCCUGCGGUUAGAGAGGGAGAACAGAAAGAAAGGGACACAACGCAGAGACAAAGACAGGGAGACAACACAGGGACAAAGACAGGGAGAGACAGAGAGAGGGACAAAGAAAGAGAGAGAGAGAGAGAGCGAGACAGAGCGAGCGAAAGAGAGGGGGGGACAACAUAAGGACAGAGAGAGAGACAGCACAGGGACAAAGAAAGCGAGAGACAGGCAAAGAGGGACUAAGGGAAAGGAAGACAAGACACAGAACAAGAGGGGAACAGAUAUAGAAAAAGAGAGAUCGAAAGAGCAGGGUGGGUGAGGGAAAACUAGUGGAUGUCUGUGGGGACUCAUCCCCUUGCUGUUUGACGUUUGGCUGGGGAGACUGAAACCGGAGCCAUAGCGUCCUAUUACCAAUGAGUUCUCCUUGUGCUGGAUCCCAGUCCCUCUCCUCACGCUCGCAGCAUUUGGGUUCAAUCAAAGAAAUCAACUCGGCCACGGUUGUCUUGGUCUCUGUUGAAAUUGUGGGCCUUGCUCCAUCAAAGGCAGGCCAGUCGAGUACAUAGAUACAUCACAAUAUGUGGCUAUAGUAGUUGACAGAAAGAUAAAGAUUGCAGAUGUGCAUGCGUCAGAUCCCUUAUGUUGAUAAAAUGGAGAAAAAUAUACUACUUUUGAUAGGAGUAAAAUAUACUGCUUUUGAUAGGAGUAAAAUAUACUGCUUUUGAUAGGAGUAAAAUAUACUGCUUUUGAUAGGAGUAAAAUAAACUGCUUUUGAUAGGAGUAAAAUAAACUGCUUUUGAUAGGAGUAAAAUAUACUGCUUUUGAUAGGAGUAAAAUAAACUGCUUUUGAUAGGAGUAAAAUAAACUGCUUUUGAUAGGAGUAAAAUAAACUGCUUUUGAUAGGAGUAAAAUAUACUGCUUUUGAUAGGAGUAAAAUAAACUGCUUUUGAUAGGAGUAAAAUAUACUGCUUUUGAUAGGAGUAAAAUAAACUGCUUUUGAUAGGAGUAAAUGUACCAUGCUGUCAUGUUUGUGUUUGCUACUCUUGAUUGAGCUAUGAUAAUUCCAACACAGUGAAAGUACGUUAAAAGUGUCAAAGAAGGGUCUAAUUCAUAUAAUUUAAUCUCCUUCGCAGCCUAACAUGUCAAAUCAUGUCUGAAACUUCAAUUUCACAAUGUAGAUAUCACACACACACACACACACACACACACACACGCACGCACACACACUCCGACAAAACUAGAAAAUGUGAGUUGGAGUUGGAGCCCAGCUGCUGGCUGACAGAUGUGACAAGCCAAACCUAGGUAAUCUCCUCUUGGUGCAUGUGGCCAGGGUCUGAUUCAAAUCUAUAUACGGCCUGUAAUGGAGCCCAUCACAUCUCAUUACAUGGAAUAUUACAGAAAUGUGAACCCUUAAACUGCUUCCAGUCAACCCGAAUCUUGUUUGGACCUGAAAAGUUGUUCUGUGUGUAACCCCUGAUUUAUGAUGGAUGAGGUUGAUAAUCAUCUUCCAAGCGUAUUAUUUUGUGUUUCUGUUUCGUAUAAACAGUACUCGGUAGAACCAAACUGUGUUUAUCCGAUUGAAACAGCAAUAACCAGGAGUGUUCUUAUUUUCUUGGUUCUAGCUGAUCUUGUGUCGGGUAGUACGCUCUGGGAGGUACCCAUAGCCCCCUUUGGAUCUUUCUCCAACCAUACGACCAGCCUGGAAUGGGAGCCACAGUGUCAGUAUCGCCACCUGCAGGACGGCGUCAGAAUCACAGCCGACAUUCCCCCAAAACUGGAGGGCAGCUGGGUGUCAACAAGGCAAGUGUUGUCCAAAUAAAGUUUAGAACGGUACAGGCUAUUUCCUGAAUAUGCACCAUCUAACACAUCCUUUGUGAUCUAAUGAUGAAUAUGGGAAACUCUUCCACAAUUGUCACUUUUUUUGUCUUUGUGGAGGUGUGCUCGGUCUAGGAGCCUCGAGGUGAUUCAGAAGGUUGUUGUUUGCAUAAGACACCCAGAUAAUUAAUUAUUUCAUCACAUUUCAUUCAAGUCAAUCAAUCCAUCAAUCAAUCAAUCAUCCAUCCAUCUAGCUGCUAAAAUGGAACUGACAAUCUCCCUUCAACCUCUUUCUCCCUGUAGAUGUGAAGUUCGGCCUGGCCCUGAGUUCCUGACCCGUUCCUACACCUUCUACCCAAGCCGCCUGUUCAAAGCCCUGCAACACUACUACACUGACAGUGGGUGCGAAGAGCCCACCUACUCUCUGGUGGUCCGGGGCAAGCUCCGUCUUCGCCAGGCGUCCUGGAUCACCCAGGGUGCCACUGAGACCGAGCACCACCUCCACAAAGUGGGCAUUGUCAUCCACAGCCCAGGCGCAAUGCACCAGCUGGCCGCCCGUCUACCCCCUGUGUGUGUGGGCCUCACCCUGGGCGGCAUGGUGCCCGGGCGCCUGUACGAGCUGUACAACGCCCGGGCAGGGAGGGAUUGUCUGGGUGCCUCGUGGUACUCGAUGAUGGAGCUGGGCUUGGUGAGAGUGGAGACCCAGCAUCAGCCAAAUGGAGGUCUGGUUCAGGAGCUCUUCCUUGGGGACGUGCACACAGACUGGACCCAGAGGACAUACUAUCGACCAACGGGCUACCAGCAGCCACUGCAGAACGCUAUGGUGAGAUUACGGACUCCCCAUUAAUAAGAUACAUGUAGAUUAAGGAUUUUAUUAAAAUGUAUUUCAGGACAUUGUAAGUGAAUUUGGUAAUUCUCGUUCUAUCCAUUCUUCAACUGAUGCUGAAUACCUUUCACAGUGAUACACUAACUGAAACAUAAACAGUGUCCCAAUCUCCAAACGACCAUACUACUGUAUGGUCAAUACAUGGCUUCAUAUUAAGUAGCCUGCCAUUUUGGAUGACAGUGGAUGACAUUCUACUGUAUAACCCUAAACCUUACCUUUCUACAUCUAUUUUCUACCAGCACCACAUCCACCCCUGCCCGGCGUGCGCCCUGCUGUUCCGGGCCUCAGAACAGCGCCCCCCGGUGUUACCCCGUGUCCCUGCAGCAACCCCUCCAUCUUUGGACGGCCGCUGGGUGAGCCAACGCUGCGAAGCCCGGCCCGCCGUCCUCUUCCUCACCCGAGACUUCACCUUCCGCCCAGAUGAGCACUCAUGGGAAGGCCUCUACCACCACUACUCGGACCCCUCUUGCAGCCAGCCCACCUUCACCCUGCGGGCCUCGGGCCACUACGCCCAGGGAGGCCCCUCGGCCAAAGUGGCAGGAGGCACUGAGUUUGUCUUCAAGGUAACCCGGGUCAGAGUCACCGUCCUGGAAGGGGCCACGGCCAGGGUGCUCAACGAGACCAGGCGGGGCAGCUGCGGGAAGGCAGGGGGGUGGGAGGUGGGGGUGGAGCAGGACGUGACCCUCACGGAUGGGUGUACCGUCCUGGGGAUCAAGCUGCCGCACAAAGAGUACGAGCUGUUCAAGACAGAGCUGGACCAUCGACGGCGCUCUCUGCUGUUCAUCGGGGAGAGGCCGACGGAUGGCUCCAGCCCUGACCGGCCCCAGAAGAGGCCCACGUCCUACCAGGCCCCCAUGGUGCAUUGUAGCGAGGAGGACACCCCCACAUCGCAACGCCACACCAACCAGCUCAAGCUAGCAGCUAGUGGAACCAAUAACCUACCACGGCUCCCUGGCUUUGUCCUAGUACUGGUCUCUUUACUGUGGGGUUGGUACUGUGUGUUCUAG